UAUGGUAUUUAUAUUGAUCUAUUAUACAAAAGCCAAAAGCACCAAAAACUAAUAAAUCAAAGAAAAUUUCUAAGAAAAUUGCAGACAGAAAAAAGAAUCCUCUAUUUGUUAAGGAAGCUAAGAAUUUUAGAAUUGGAAAUGAUGUUCAACCAAAACGUGAUUUAUCAAGAUAUGUGAGAUGGCCUCGUUAUAUUCUACUCCAUAGAUAAAAAAAGAUUUUAUUAUAAAGAAUCAAAGUACCUGCAGCUAUUCAUUAAUUUAGUAAAACUCUUGAUAAAAACUAAAGUAAACUUGAUAAUAAAUUUUAAUAAUAGGUUCCAAAAUAUAUUCUUUGUUAAAAAAAUAUUCUCCAGAAACAAAGACUGAAAAAAAACAAAGAUUAAUCAAAGCAGCAGAAUAAAAAACAUAAAAUUAAAAACCUGAUACUAAAAAAGUAAAUGUUCUUAAAUUUGGAUUAAAUCAUGUGACAACUUUAGUUGAAACAAAAAAAGCUAAAUUAGUUUUGAUUGCUUAUGAUGUAGAUCCAAUUGAAUUAGUAGUUUGGUUACCAUAAUUAUGCAGAAGAUAAGAAGUACCAUUUGCAUUUGUUAAAAGUAAAAAUUUAUUUUUAUUAUUUUAUAGAUAAGGCUAGAUUGGGUGCUUUGGUUCAUUAAAAAACUGCAACUUGUGUUGCAUUGACUGAAGUAAGAAAAGAAGAUUAAGCUGAAUUUGAUAAUUUAGUAUAAGAUUAUAUAAUAUAUUAAGGCUAGAGAUUUAAGAUAACAUUAUAACGAGAAUCAUGAAUUAUUAAGAACUAUUGGUGGAGGUCAAGUAGGAAUAAAGUCAAGACAUUAAUAAGAGGCUUUGAAAAAGGCUUUAGAGUUAGAGGAACUCAAAAAAACAAGUUAAUGAUGU